GACUCAGUGAGAAAUUGCAGACAUGAGCUGGCCUGUUGUGAGACUGUGUACUGGGGCAUCCAUGCCACUGUUAGGUCUGGGCACAUGGAAGGCUCGAGAGAAUGAUUGCUACCAAGCAGUAAAGACAGCCCUUGGCUUGGGCUAUCGCCACAUCGACACUGCAGAACUUUAUCAGAACGAGAAGGAGAUCGGAAAAGCUCUGAAGGAGAACUUUGCCACUGGGUUAAAAAGGGAGGAACUGUUUAUAACAUCCAAGUUGUGGAGCACUCGACACCACCCAGAUGACGUGCUCCCAGCCUGUCAGAGGAGCCUAACCGACCUGGGACUAGACUAUCUGGACCUGUACCUCAUGCACUUUCCUGCAGCCAGGGCUAGAGGAGACAACUUUUUCCCGUCAGAUGGCAAGGGAAAGGCGGCCAUGAUGGACAUCCACUUCAUGGAAACUUGGAAGGCGAUGGAGAAUCUGGUGGAUGCAGGCCUGGUGAAGGCCAUUGGUGUGUCCAACUUCAACAUCUCACAGAUGGAGGAGGUUCUGACCAAUGGGAGAAUCAAACCAGCUGUCAAUCAAGUGGAGAGUCACCCGUAUCUUGGUUGCCAUCGGUUACUGGAAUGCUGCACAGCUAAAGAUGUCGUGAUGACAGCCUACUGUCCAUUAGCAAGGCCAGGAUCCCAGGAGGCAAAAGAUUUUGGAGUGGACUCCCUGCUGCAAGACCCAGCAAUAGUGGAGAUCAGUCAGAAACAUGGGAAGACAACGGCUCAGGUGUGCAUUAAGUGGCAGAUACAGAGGAACGUGGUUGUGAUCCCGAAGAGCGUCACACCUGCACGGAUCCAAGAGAAUUCUCAGCUGUUUGACUUUGAGUUGAGUGAAGAUGAAAUGUCCGCUAUCUACAAGCUAGACAGGAAUGGACGACUGCUUUUUUUCCCAGCGUGUAAAGGUCACCCACUCUAUCCCUUCAAUGGAGAAUUCUAAGCUGUCUGCUGAGAGACUGUGUUUUCAGUACCAAGGACAGAGCUCAGUGCAGGGACAACAACCAUCCAGUCUUUUACAAACAGUAUACAAGCUUGACAAUUGAAAAUAAUAUGUGCUUUCUGUCAGUGAAAUGUACAAAAUGAGCUACUAAGUAUCUCUCUUAUUUGAUUAAUGUUUGCUAUCAUAAAAUGAUGUCAUGGUAACUAUUUCAGUAAUUUUUAAUCAGCUUGCUCAAUAGACAGCCAAAAGGCCACUUCUGGAAACUGUAUUUGCCUGGAUUCUUUUCAUGUUGGACUGAAUGUCUGGAAAUAGGAUAUUUUUCAAUAAUUAUGUAAAUCAUGAGGUAUGAGAAUUAUAAUCUAUUAUGUUACAAUAUGAAGUGUCACAAUAUAGAGUGAUCUUUCAUAUAUAACUGUGUUAUUCCGAAAGAUUAUAUGAUUGUAAAGCUGCUAAACACAGAAACAGAAUCAUUGUCUUAUUGAGAAAUUCUUACAUCACGACGUCUUUCAUUGUGGACAAAAUAAAGUUUUACU